UUCUUAGCGAGGGAGGGGGAGACGGAAAUGGAGGGUCUCCGCGCGCAUGCCUUCGCCCCUGACACCAAGCCCGCUAGAGAGCGCGUUGGGCGGAGCCGGGGGCGGCGGUCGCCGGGGAGAUCAAGGCCCUGGGUCCGACCCCGAGCUGGAGCGGGGUGCCGGAGGCCCGCUAACCCGCCGAUGUUUGUGUCUAUGUGCCCUCGCAGGGAGACAUGGAGAACUGUUUGGCGGCCGCGGCGCUGAACGGGGUAGACCGACGUUCCCUGCAACGCUCGGCUAGGCUGGGUCAAGAAGUGCUGGAGCGGGCCAAAAGGAGGGCGGUGGACUGGCAUUCGGUGGAGCUUCCCAAAGGCAGCGUGGGGGUCAUUUCCCGGGAGCGGCCCUACAGAGAAAGAGGGCUGGCAGCCGGCCCCCAUCGCCUUCUCCCAGGAGAGAGAGAAGAAAGACACCCAACCCUCAGUGCUUCCUUCAGAACAAUGGCUGAAUUCAUGGACUAUACCUCAAGUCAGUGUGAGAAAUAUUAUUCAUCUGUGCCAGAGGAAGGAGGGGCAACCCACGUCUAUCGUUAUCACAGAGGGAAGUCGAAGCUGCACUUGUGCUCGGACACUGGGAAUGGUCAGAGAAAAGACACCCCCCUUGGUGUCGGAGGCAUCCGUCAGACGUCAGAGUGUGCGCUAGAGGCAUCCCAGCCUCUUCCAGUGUUUUGUAGUAUCGAUCUUCUUUGACUUACGUCCUGAUAAACCCAUUGUAAGUUGAAAAUAUCAUAAAUUAAAAGUGCAUUUUUUUUUAAUUUUUAUUUAUUUAUUUUUGGCUGCGUUGGGUCUUCAUUGCUGCACGCGGGCUUUCUCUAGUUGCAGUGAGCAGGGGCUACUCUUUGUUGCGGUGCAUGGGCUUCUUAUUGCGGUGGCUUCUUUUGUUGCAGAGCACGGGCUCUAGGCACACAGGCUCAGUAGUUGUGGCAUGCAGGCUCAGUAGUUGUGGCUCGGGGGCUCUAGAGCACAGGCUCAGUAGUUGUGGUGCACAGGCUUAGUUGCUCCGUGGCAUGUGGGAUCUUCCUGGACCAGGGCUCGAACCCGUGUCCCCUGUACUGGCAGGCGGAUUCUUAACCAUUGCACCACCAGGGAAGUCCAAAAGUGCAUUUAAUACACCUAACCUACUGAACGUCAUAGCUUAGCCUAGCCUACCUUAAACGUGCUCAGAACACUUACAUACCCUGCAGUUGGGCAAAAUCAUCUGACACAAAACCUACUUUAUAAUAAAGUUUUGAAUAGUUCAUGUAUUGAUAAUUUAUUGAAUGCUGUAGUGAAAGUGAAAAACAGACUGGUUGUAUGGGUGCAGGAUGGUUAUAAGUGUAUCAGUUGUUUACCUUCGUGAUCCUCGUGGCUGACUGGGAGAUCGCUCACUGCCGCUGCCCAGCAUCACGAGAGAGUAUCGUGCUGCACAUCACCAGCCCGGGAAAAGAUCAGAAUUCAAAAUUGGAAGUACGGUUUCUACUGAAUGCGUAUCACUUUCACACUAUCGUAAAAUCAAAAAACCGUAAGUCUGACCAUUAUAAGUCGGGGACCAUCUGCAUAGGAGAACCGGUCUCCCAAGGGAGGGCUUUAGCCAGCCAGCUGACUUUCUGCAUGACAAAGUGGAAUCUACUCAUAGUGUUCUCAGCUUUAGGUGAAAAGAAAUGUUCCAUCCUCCUAAUAAUGAACUUAGCAAAGCACAGUUAAAAAGAAUACUUCUCAUUAUCCCACAGCGCCUUGCCAUUACUGCUGAUCUGUGAUAACAAGUGCCACUGCCUACUUUUGAGCCCCAAAGCAAUCGUCAUUAGCCUUUCCCUCUACCUGAUUCUUAACCUUUCUGCUCCAACCAGAGUGUUCCUUUUAUGAUCCUUCAUGUUCCUAUAACAAUUUAGUGUUUUCACAUACAUGCUUAUUUGUGAGCUAAUUUUAGAAAUAAGGAAACAAGCAUAAGGAGAGGCUGAGACUGGCCUAAAUGGCAGUCCUAUUACGUUGCCAAGCCAAGCCUUGAAAGCAGGACCUCCUUCUCCCACGUUAGUACCUCACUCCAUCACACACAGAGGGAGCCGGGUGGAGGUGACCUGACGGCACUGGUACAUAAAAUCUCUAAACUGCUAAUAUCCACUUUUCCUUCCAGGCUGAGAACAUCUCUAAGGACCUCUACAUAGAAGUAUAUCCAGGGACCUAUUCCAUCACUGUGGGUGUAAAUGACUUGACCAAGAAGACUUACAUGGUAGCAGUUGAUUCAGGACAAAGUGUGGACUUGGUCUUCCCCAUAUGA